UGGACGUGUCUGGAUCGUGGGCAUAUCACAACUGGGACUAACAGUCAACACGCGUAAUUUGGAGAGUCGCAGAGCACUAGUCAGAAAAAUGUUAUUGCGCUUCUUCUCAGACUGAACCCUUCAUGCCAGCCUCAUGCAGCCAUCUAUUUUGUAUUUUUAUUUCAAUCACAAACAUAAUCUAAAUGAUGAAAAUGAGACAAAGAGAAAAUAAUCGGGAUUUUCAUUUCCAUCAGUUGUUGUCAACAUUUGAAGUCGUCGGUUUCUUUCAUCAAUAUAGCAUACUGCUGGAUCCAAGGAAAUAAUCUUAUAGCGUCAGAAGCGUCUGCGACCGGGGACCAAAGAGGAGGACGUGGAAUUUGAUACAGAGAGGGUAUUUUUUAAAAUGGUGCUGUUAGGGUUGUUGGACAAUGCGAUGGUAAAAUAUAUUGUUCUUAUGUUUAGUUUGGCGUUGAUCUCUGAGUUUGUGGGAGCUCAGAAUGACACGGAGCCUAUAGUCCUGGAGGGCAAAUGUCUUGUGGUUUGCGACUCUAAUCCGACUACGGAUUGGAAGGGCUCGUCCUCUCCUCUAGGCAUUUCGGUGCGCGCGGCAAACUCCAAGGUGGCUUUUUCUGCGGUCCGGAGCAACAAUCACGAACCGUCGGAGAUGAGCAAUAAAACAAGAAUCAUAUACUUCGACCAAGUUCUUGUGAAUAUAGGCAACUAUUUCACUUUGGAGUCAGUGUUUUUGUCACCCAGAAAAGGGAUCUACAGUUUUAAUUUUCACGUUAUAAAAGUGUACCAGAGUCAGACUAUACAGGUGAACUUAAUGUUGAAUGGGAAACCUGUCAUCUCAGCUUUUGCGGGUGACAAAGACGUAACUCGAGAGGCAGCCACCAAUGGAGUUCUGCUCUUUUUGGAUAAAGAGGACAAGGUCUACCUUAAACUGGAGAAGGGAAAUCUAGUUGGCGGAUGGCAAUACUCUACAUUCUCUGGUUUCCUUGUUUUCCCACUGUAAAAAAAAAAAAAGAAAGCCCCACAGUUCAAAUGACUUUAUCAACAAUGUACUGUCACUGUAUAAUCAAAACAUUUCUACAUCAGUUGGAUCUAGCCAAAGGAUGGAAAAUAUCAUGUUCCGUGGUCAUGGAUUACUACAGAGAGAAGAAAAGAGACAUUGAAAAGCUUUGAUGUUUAAUGGAAAUGGGAAUCCCUCUGCAAAUGCAAUACUGCUAAAGAAAAACUACUUCAACUGACGAACAUGCGUUCACAGCAAUUCUUCACACACAAACUUAAUAGUCGCAGAAUAUGUUUAGCAUAGCAUCUUUUGAAAUUCGUUUUUCUUAGCAAGCGUGGCAUACACGGUAUUUAGCAGUGACAGAUCCUGUCUCGUCUGAUUAUACAAAAAGUUGUGAUUGAGUAGGACUGCAUAGAAGAUCCAGGUCACUUCUGACAGCACAUCACCAGUUUGUUUUGUCUGGCCAUCCCCAUGUGUAUCUCAUUACUAGACCAGCUCUGGCUAUUAAACAAUCAGCUGUCUGCACCAUAAUGGAGCAACCAACUUGUUUCUGUAGGUGUGAGAAACAGUUUUUGGUGUGUUAGGAAAUUACUGACAAAUUGGAGUAAAAUGUGCCCAACGUUUGCAGAUAGAUGAACACAAUGCAGUUUAAUUGCAGUCAUAGCCUUUAGCCUUAUAUACAUAUAUACACAGUAUUUUAUAAGUCUAAACAGAUGUUGUAGAUGCAAUAUUUUAAUUUGAACUGAGAAGUAGUGGAGGCUCAAGUUGAUGCUCAAGAGUUGGAAACUGCAUUAGGUAUGGUCUUUUGAUGUCACUAUUGACCUCCCUCGUCACAGCCUAUGCUGCUGGCCAUGUCUAUACCUGUCCGUGGUCAGUCACAUGUCAUGUGUUUGUUUGAACUUCGACCUUAGAUGGGUACACCCGUGGAGUCAUGUGCAAUGCUUCAUUGAAGAGAUCACGAUUGUAUAUGUUAACACUUUUUAAAAACAUUUUAUGCACAUUCAUUUAUUUAUUUAUUGAAUAUUUACACAUUAGUUUAUUUAUAAUAGCUUGGUGAAUUUAAAUGCUUAUUUAAGUGAAUGACCAAAUUUGGCAUUUACAUCCAAUGAUUUCAAAUUGUUAUGUUAUCAAUGACUGCCACAUGACCUGUGGCACCUUCAAAGUAUCUGAGAUUUCCUCUUACCAUUUGUAUACAGCCGGUGCAUUUUAACAAUAUUUUAAGUAUUUGGGAGAUUUGGAAAGGGAAUUAUUCUAGCCAAUCUAUCAGCAGAUGAAAUGUAAAAGAAAUAAGGUGUGUGUGAAACGACUGGAGACAUUUUCUACACAAACUUAAUCUCACUCACAUUCUUGAACCUUUCCCCUUGAAUACACUUAGGGAAAGUAUCUCGCUAGCCAUUUUGCAUUUAUGGAACAGCUGUUGUGUUCACUCUUGACCUUUGUGACUAUAUGGUACUACCCAUAUUUAUUGAGUUAUAUUAUCUAGACUCAGAAUGGUUUGAUUUGCUCCUCACUUAUAUUCCCGAGUUAACAAUUGUUUUCUGUGCAUAUCAAUAUCAUGGUAGUGAGUAUAUGUGUUUUGUGUGUGAAUCUCAUGCUUCACUUAGUAUAGCUGUGUGCUUCUAUUGUCACCUGAUGCUGCUACAGUUCAUUUCCAAAUGGAAUGGAAUAGGUUUGGCCUAUUUCACAAUUCUCAGUCUGGAAACUCAAAUCACUAUAAUGUCCGCGUAUAUAGACCUUCUGUAUGAUCUUUGUACAUUUGGCACAGCUCUCAAAUUAACAUACUUUAUUGCUGGACUGAAUAAUAAUGACAUGGCGUCAUUAUGGACACUGGAGAAGAAAACACCUCAGUAUUGUAUUUCAAAUGAAUGAAUGAAUGAAUGAAUGAAUGUACAGAAUGGAGUAAAAAAAAUAGUAUAUGUUUACAAUUGUCUGUUGUGGUAUAAUGUGAAAAGUAUUGUGACUCAAAUGACUUUCUUCAUUAUUUCAUGGAUUCUUUUCACUUUCUUGAAUUGAAAUCAAUUACAACUGAGAAUCUGAAAAGAUAAUCCUGUGCAAAUGAUUGGCUGACAAAUUUACCGUGAGAUUUUAUCAUAAUGCCAAUGGAUUAUCACUCACAAAGUUUCACUACCACUGUAGAUGUACUUGACCAGUAUUUGAAGGAGGCAACAAUACAAAGUAUGUAUUUUAAUCAAAAAGCACUGUGGUUGUGUGAAUACCGGUAACCCAAAAUAUGUAUUCUAGGGAUUCCAAAAUAAUUCAACAUACCACAUGAAAGUAUGUAAUCCAUGUAAUACAUCAUUGGUAAAUAUCUGUAUUUGAAAACAUGGAUGGAUUAUUGUUGAGAUUUCCAAGAAGCUUAUCAUGCAGUCAUAUUGUAUUUCUGUCAAAUUAAAUUUGAGGCAUCUGUGUUGAA